AUGCUGCCGGGAGAGAUUCGCCGCUACAUUUUCAAUAUUGUUGGCUGUUGCCUAAUUUUACUGGGUCUUCUACAUGGAUUAUUUAGUGAGGCAAUUUUCAACCAAUUAAUGGAACAGGAGAUGAUUCUACGCCCUAAUUCGAAAAUUUUCGACCUUUGGAGAACGCCGCCAUUGAAGUUGACAUUAAACUUUUACAUAUUCAAUUGGACCAAUCCGGAAGAUUUUCAAAAUCUCGACAUAAAACCUAAAUUCGAAGAAUUGGGUCCAUAUCGGUUUACGGAAGUGCCAAAUAAAGUUGAUAUUAAAUGGCAACCCAAAAAUGCUUCAAUGACCUAUAAGAAGCAAAGCAAAUACUAUUUUGAUGCCGAGGGUAGCAAAGGACGAUUGGACGAUGAAAUUGUUACCGUUAAUUCGCUAGCAGUGUCCCUAUCAUCUAAAGCCAAGCGCUGGAGCUCUUUGCGUCGCCGUGUAAUCGAUAUUGCUUUGAAGGUCUACCACGAUGACAUAACAAUCAAGAAAUCAGUGGAUGAGUUGCUCUUUGGUGGCUAUGAGGAUGUACUUUUGAAUGUGGCCAACUAUCUGCCUUCAUCGUUGAUAGAUGUGAAGGUGCCAUUCGAUAAAUUUGGCUAUUGUUACCCGCGUAAUCUAAGUGCUGAUGUAACUGGCACUUACAACAUUUACACUGGCGCUGAUGAUAUACGAAAAUUUGGACAAAUCCAUACGUGGAACUAUCGUGAAACAACACGGGAGUAUGCGCCUGAAUGUGGUAAAGUCUAUGGCUCGCCAGGCGAAUUUCAGUCACUCUACUUACAACCAGAAAAGCCAGUAAAUUUCUUUUUGUCGGAUGUCUGUCGAACGGUUGCAAUGGAUUAUGUGCAGCCCGCGGUGGUGGAGGGUGUGAAAGGAUUUCGCUAUGAGGGCGGCAAGCGGAUGGUAGACAAUGGCACGUUAUAUCCCGAAAAUGUUUGCCAUUGCAAUGGCCAAUGCGUGCCAUCGGGUUUAAUCAACAUCUCAUCCUGCUGGUAUGGCUCGCCGAUAUUUCUUUCGUAUCCACACUUUCAUGACGCGGAUCCUUAUUAUCUCACCGAAGUUGAUGGUUUGAAACCUGAGAAACAGAAGCAUGAACUCUAUUUGGUGUUGGAGCCGAGAACGGGGUUAAUGUUAGAGAUGACAGCGCGUCUGCAAUCCAAUAUUCUAGUCGAACCCAUAUCGGAUUUUAGCAUGUUCCGCAACAAACGUCGCGUCUUCUUUCCGCUCUUUUGGUUCGAAGCAAAGACACGCAUUUCAUCAGAGUUGGCUAACGAAUUCCAACUCUUGCCGCGACUCAUCCUAUUUAGUCAAGUCUUUGGUGCCAUUUGCGCAUUAGUGGGCGUGGCAUUGUUGGCUUGGUAUCCGAUUAAACGGCAUUUGCAGAAUCGCCUGAUACAACAAAUAAAAAUCAAUAAUUUAGAUAAUGGCACACCACAUCGGGUGGUGGGCAAAACCAUUUCGUUGCAGCCGGAAGUCUCACCACUGCUGGUGGCAGAUACGUCCAAAAUUCUAGAGCGGGCCGAUACUACGCUGUCGGUAUAGAGUACGGGCGCGAGUACGAGCUCCACCGAUCGCAGUUCAAUGCAAUCGGCUACGAGUUCAACGUGAUUAGCUUUAAAUUUUAGAUAGUUCCUUAAUAGUUGUAAGCGAGUACAUAGAUAGUGUGGAAAGAGAUUAUUGUAGUUUUAGUUUUAGUAAUGGCCAAUUAUUAAUUUAGAUUCUACAUAUAUGUAUGUAAAAUGUAAAAAUUUGUUUACAUAGGUGUUUGGUUGUUUUUUUUGGUACUUGUUACAAGCAGAAAGCAAUUUUACACAUUCAUUAGUGAAUACUCACAUUUUCGCACACAUUUUUAUUGCACACACAACGUUUUUACUCACAAAACAUUUAAAAAAAUAUUAUAUAUCAAAUACAUACAUAUCCUUAUCGUUGCUAAUAAAUUUUGUUUUGGAAUAUUUUUAAGCGGUAAGCAAAAAAUUAUUGAUUCCAUAAUUUUAUAUGGUCGUUUUAUAGUUAUACAUAUAAUGAAAUGUAUAGAACUUCCAAU